AUGGAGCUGGCAGCAUCACCGACUAGCAUCGACCGCACACAAUCAACCCGCACAGUACCUAUGAGAUGUCUUGUCCUCGGCGCUGGUCGCACGGGCACAAAAUCCAUAUGCAAAGCAUUAACCAUUCUAGGUUUGGGCCAUGUAUAUCAUAUGGACAGCGCCCUUAACAAUCCACCCGACAACGACUUGUGGCUUCGUGCGUUAGCUGCAAAAUAUUCCGACGGGCGUCCUCAGGAGAGCGCCUUUGGUAGAAAAGAAUGGGAUCAGUUGCUGGGGCACUGUCAGGCAGUGACCGAUUUCCCGGCGGUGAUCUUUUCUAAAGAAUUGAUCGAGGCAUACCCGGAAGCCAAAGUAGUUCUCACGAACCGGAAUGUCGAUUCCUGGUAUGAAUCAAUCCUCCGAACAAUCGACUGGCGCUACCAUGAUCCCGGGCUAUACAUCACAUCUUUGAUAUCCCCCACAGCCUCCAAAUAUGCCUCCAUGUUCUACAAAACGUGGUUUCAUUUCUCCCAAGGCAAUUUCCGGGAACACGGAAAACAAGCCUUCAUCGAGCAUUACGAAAUAGUCAGGUCAUUGGUCCCUCCGGAGCGACUGCUUGAGUAUGAAGUGCGAGAUGGUUGGGGGCCACUAUGCGAGUUUCUGGAGUUGGAACGUCCGAAAGAGGAAUUCCCUUCGGGGAAUGAUGGUGGUGACUUCAAGGUACUUGUAAGGCAGUUGGAUUGGAUGAGAGUGAGGGAAGCAAUAUGGCAAAAUAAGUGGGCAGUUGCUGCUGUAACAGCGGCUGUAGCUGGCUUGAAAUAUAUCUUGACUUGA